UUUGAGAGACAAUUCAAGCUAAGAACACAACAAAAACAAAAAAAUCAUAGGAUUUUUGUUUGUGUUAAGGAAGAUGUCUGAAGAGCAAACAAUUUCAAAUGCUUUCAUUUGCAGCUUGCCAACACUUGGAUCAAACAACAACCCUCCUGUUCUUAAGAAGAAGAGGAAUCUCCCCGGAAAUCCAGAUCCGAAAGCGGAAGUUGUGGCAUUGUCGCCGAAGACCCUAAUGGCGACGAACCGAUUCUUGUGUGACAUAUGUGGGAAGGGUUUUCAGAGGGAUCAGAACCUACAGCUGCAUAGAAGAGGACACAAUCUUCCAUGGAAGCUGAAGCAAAGAAGCAACAGCAACAAAGAGCCAAGGAAGAGAGUUUAUGUUUGUCCAGAGAAGAGCUGUGUGCACCACCAUCCUUCAAGGGCGCUUGGAGACCUCACAGGCAUUAAAAAGCACUUUUGCAGGAAGCAUGGCGAGAAGAAGUGGAAGUGCGAGAAGUGCUCCAAGAAAUAUGCUGUGCAGUCAGAUUGGAAAGCACACUCCAAAACUUGUGGCACCAAAGAGUAUAAAUGUGACUGUGGAACUCCAUUUUCAAGGAGAGAUAGCUAUGUAACUCACAGAGCAUACUGCAUGGCCUUAGCAGAGGAAACAGCAAGACUAAACGCAGCAGCAUCAACUAUGAACACAGCUGACAACGGCUACCACUUCCUAAGACCCAACACAAAUCCUCACCAAUACUUCCCCUCCUCCACCUUUUUCAGACAAGAUCAUGAAAAUUCUCAAAUGUUCCUCAACAACAACGUUAAUUCCCUCACACCCACAAUAGCAUUCCCUUUUUGGAUGCCAAAUUCUUCCCCACAAGACAAUAAUUUCCAUCACCCACUUGCACCACCACCACUACCACCGCCGCCACCACCACCACCACCAACAGCAACAACAAGCUGUCUUCUUUCAGUUCCUUCCUUGUACAGCCACGAAGAACAAGCCAAUCAAGCAAUGGCAUCAUCAUCAGCAGCAGCCAACAUGUCAGCUACUGUUCUGCUGCAAAAGGCUGCUGAAAUGGCAGUGACAAGCUCCACAACAACAGACCCAUCAUCAUUAAUGGCAAGUUUUGGGUUGAAAUUCAGUGCCACAACUGAUGGGAAAGCCUUGUUUUCAGGGCUUUAUGGCUCAAUGAACUCAAAUUCCAUUCCUAGUUGUUGCAGCCUUGAAAAUGGUGGCGAUCAUCAAGACUCUGCUGCUAGUAACUUGAUCCAAAUGUACCCUGCUGCAAAGAGAAUUAGACACACUGUUAGUGAAGAAAGUGUCACGGGUGGAGAAGGAGAAACAAGGGAUUUCUUGGGUGUGGGAAUCCCCACCAUAUGCCAUCAUCCAUCAGCAGUGAAUGGAUGGAUGUGAUUACACCUGAUAUGAUUUGAAUGGGUAUUCAUAAAGUUAGACCAAAAGGGAAUCUCAAGCUUUAAAAAAAACCCUUCAAUGGCAGAACAGGGGAGGAUCACUGAUGCGAUCCAUGCAUAUUCAGGUGAGGAAGGACAGAAAGUUGAGGCCUUUUUCUUCCAAAAACAGAGGCCUUUUGUUUUGGGAUUAAAGGAACGAAGGUGGAGCAGAGGCAGAGAUAAAAAAGUAAAGGAUUCCCCUUUUGGACUCCAUUAAUGUUGUAUUGUGUAUUUCUUUCAUUUUUUAUUGCUCUUUGCUUGUGAUAUCAAAUGGGUAUUUGAAAAAG